GGCUUCCGGCACUCAGUUCUCGUCGAGUUCUCGUCCAGGAUGGGACGAACAGCGCUGAAGAUGCUUCCGCUCCUCCUUCUCUCCAUCCAGCUUCUGGUUGCCCCGAUCCACUCCAUCGAAUGGUCACUGCCCGAUGUUCUGGAGUCCGUCGGCAAUGUGGGCGCCAGCAUCGUGGAUCCCAGCCUCCUGCCGACGCCCCAAGGUCUCCUCGAUGGAAGCAAACAGCUCAUCGCCGGAUAUCCCUUCGAGUUCGUCUCGAAUUCCAUCAGUGUCAUCUGCUCCCAGGCGCUGGCCUCGAACAAAAUCAAAUCGAAAUACAUGCCGGACAUCAACCAGAUGAACUUCCAGCUGCAUUCGGCCUGCACCAGGACCAACUUCCCGCUCACCAAUCCGGAGGCCAUGUGGAAGAGUCCGCUGUUCGAUCCCAAGAAGAAGGUCGUCAUCCUGGCCACCGGCUGGACCACCACCGUCAACGGAUCGGAUACCAUCGAGGUGUUCUCAAAGGCCUACAACUGUCGCGGCGAUGCCAACUUUGUGGCAGUGGACGCAGCCCGCUUCGUGGACACCCUGUACACGUGGUCGGCGUUCAACACGGAGGAGAUCGGUGAGAACAUAGCCCUGGGACUGGUGAAGCUGCUGGAUCUGGUGCCGGCGGAGAACAUCCACCUGAUCGGUCACAGUCUGGGCGCCCACAUCGUGGGCUCCGCCGGACGGCACCUACACCGCCUGACCAACCAGACGGUGGCCAGGAUCACGGGACUGGAUCCCGCCAAGCCCUGCUUCAACGAGGGCGAGGUGCUAUCGGGGCUGAUGCGCGGCGAUGGCCGCUUCGUGGACGUGAUCCACUCGAAUCCCGGCGUGCUGGGCAAGCGGUCGCCGGUGGGCGACGUGGACUUCUAUCCGGGCGGAAUGGGACCCCUGCCCGCCGGCUGCUUCUCGGUGACCUGCGCCCAUGCCCGCGCCUGGCAGUACUUCGCCGAGACCAUCUAUCCCGGCAACGAGCGCAACUUCCUGGCCAUUCGCUGCAGCUCAAUGUCCCGUUUAAGGGAACUCCGCUGUCCCGGCGGCGAGGUGCCCAUGGGCUACGAGGUGCCCUCGCAUGUCAAGGGCAACUACUUCCUGGAGGUCAGCGGCAGUUCGCCCUACGGCGCCCACGCCUCCAUUGUGCGGGAGGCCCACAUGGAGCAGUGCGGCAAGUGCCCCGACUCCCCGACGACCACCGAGUUGCCCGCCAGCACAGAGAAAUCGCGAUCUUGGUUCUGAGGAGCAACCAUCAUAUCCUAAGCUAGUUUUAUAUAUUUUUUUCAUUAUUUUCUGUUUCUGUUUUCGUUUGCUGGUUGGGCAAUAUACAAUUUGCCUUCUCAGCGUUGACAAUUCAAUUAAAUUUGUGUUUAUUAUGCUUAUGCUAAGCCCAAAAUGCGACAGGCGGCGGCUCACGAAGUUGCAAUACGCUUUGCAUGUGAUACCGAUGAUUACAUAAAUAAAUGAUGUACUUAUGCAAAUAAA